GCCACCGCGAGCCAAAUCCACUCCUCCUCCCUCUUCCACAGGCUGAGGGCCGAAGCCAGCCGAGGAAGCCAGGCGACAGGCAACGCCAAGUCGCGAACACCCUAGGCGGUCGCGGGCUGCGAGGGAGAGAGCCGUGGCGGAGUCGCCGUCCUCGCCCACGGAGGAGGAGACGGCGACGGCGCCCGCAGCGGGAUGGCGACGCCGACGCCCAUGCCCGGCGGCGAGGGGACGCUUGCUGCGGUGAUGCCGCGGUCCCCGUCCCCGACGCCGGCGGAGGCGGGGACCUCGGCGGCCGAGACGCCCGUGCUGAUAUUCCUCUACUUCCACAAGGCGAUCCGCGCGGAGCUCGAGGCGCUGCACGGCGCCGCCGUGCGCCUGGCCACGGAGCGCACCGGCGACGUGGCGGCGCUCGCCGAGCGCUGCCGCUUCUUCUUCAACAUCUACAAGCACCACUGCGACGCCGAGGACGCGGUUAUCUUUCCAGCACUUGAUAUCCGAGUCAAGAAUGUUGCAGGGACCUACUCCUUAGAACAUAAAGGGGAAAGCGAUCUUUUCAACCAGUUAUUUGCUCUCCUACAAUUAGACAUACAGAAUGAUGAUGGUCUUCGUAGGGAGCUUGCAUCAUGUACAGGAGCAAUACAAACAUGUCUCAGCCAACAUAUGUCCAAGGAAGAAGAACAGGUCUUCCCAUUGCUUACAAAGAAAUUUUCAUGUGAAGAGCAAGCUGAUUUAGUGUGGCAAUUCUUGUGCAACAUUCCUGUAAACAUGAUGGCCGAUUUCCUCCCAUGGCUGUCAACUUCUGUUUCCCCUGAUGAGCACCAAGAUAUCCGUAACUGCUUAUGUAAAGUAGUUCCUGAUGAGAAACUUCUCCAACAGGUUGUAUUCACAUGGAUCGAAGGGAAAACAACAAUAGAAGUGGCAGACAGUUCUGCUGAUGGUAAUAGUGCUGAGGAUGUCCCAGACCAAGGGGAGAAACAUAUCUGUUCACAUCAAGGUUUUAAACUUGGGAGUAGAAACUGUGCAGAAUCUAAUGAUGGACAGGUUUACAGGCAUCCUAUAGAUGAUAUUUUGCAUUGGCACAAUGCUAUUCGUAAGGACUUGCAUGAUAUAGCAGAGGAGACAAGAAGAGUGCAGCAGUCUGGGGAUUUUUCUGAUAUAUCAGCCUUCAAUGAGAGGCUUCAGUUCAUUGCAGAUGUAUGCAUCUACCACAGUAUCGCCGAGGAUCAGGUCAUAUUUCCUGCAGUCGACAGUGAGCUGUCCUUUGUGCAGGAACAUGCUGAAGAGGAGCGCCGAUUUAAUAAUUUUAGAUGUUUAAUUCAGCAAAUCCAAAUAGCAGGAGCCAAAUCAACUGCAGUGGACUUCUACUCGAAGCUGUGUUCACAUGCUGAUAAAAUACUGGAGACAAUCGAGAAACACUUCUGCAAUGAAGAAACCAAGGUGCUUCCUCAAGCUAGGAUGCUUUUCUCUCCUGAAAAGCAAAGGGAACUUUCGUACAAAAGUCUCUGUGUCAUGCCAUUGAAAUUGUUGGAACGUGUUUUACCAUGGUUGGUGUCGAAGCUGAGUGACGAGCAGGCGUCUUCUUUUCUUCAGAAUAUGUGCUUGGCAGCAUCACCAUCGGAAACUGCACUGGUCACUCUUUUCUCUGGCUGGGCAUGCAAAGCCCGGGACAAAUCGAACUCAGGAGAAUAUUUAUGCUCAACAUCAGGGACAGCGAGAUGCCUGUUGGAUGAUAUAGAUGAUCUGGGCAAAUGCCGGUCAUUCUGUCCAUGUGCUUCACGCAACGGUUCAGGUCUUCCUGUGCAGCUACAAAGUGAAAAUGGUUCUAGGCCAGGCAAACGUGGAAAAGAUGCAGAAUCUUUUCCUGGUACUAAUGGAAGCUACUGCUUUCAACCUGCUGACAUUGAAGCAAGUCCAUGUAGUAAAAAGCCUUGUUGUAUUCCUGGGUUGAGAGUAGAAUGUAGCAAUCUUGGUAUUGGUUCACUGGCUUCGGCGAAGUCCUUUCUCUCCCUAUCAUACAAUUUUAAUGCUCCUUCAUUAUAUUCGAGCCUCUUUUCGUGGGAGAAAGAUGCAUCAUUGUCCUGUUCAGAUGGCAUUUCAAGGCCAAUUGAUACCAUAUUCAAAUUUCACAAGGCAAUUCGCAAGGAUUUAGAGUACCUAGAUGUUGAAUCUGGAAAGCUCAUUGAUGGCGAUGAGUCUUGCCUUCGCCAAUUCAUUGGAAGAUUCCGUUUGUUAUGGGGUCUUUACAGGGCUCACAGUAAUGCUGAGGAUGAAAUUGUGUUCCCGGCAUUGGAAUCAAGAGAAACAUUGCACAAUGUGAGCCAUUCAUAUACUCUUGACCACAAGCAGGAAGAAGAAUUAUUCGAAGAUAUAUCUAAUGUUCUUCUUGAGCUUUCACAUCUAUAUGAUAGCCAGAGCCAUGCCCAGACUGAAGUUAAUGAAGUAGAGCGAAACUGUUCUGAUUCAUGUAAUGAGGCUGAUUGGGCUAGAAAGUAUAAUGAGCUUGCCACAAAACUUCAAGGCAUGUGCAAGUCUAUCCGGGUUGCCUUGACUAAUCAUGUCCAUAGAGAAGAACUUGAGUUGUGGCCAUUGUUUGAUAAACAUUUUUCUGUGGAGGAGCAAGAUAAGCUUGUAGGUCGUAUAAUUGGUUCAACAGGUGCUGAGGUUCUCCAAUCUAUGUUACCAUGGGUUACAUCAGCGCUCUCUCAAGAAGAGCAGAACAAAAUGCUCGAUACGUGGAAGCAAGCAACUAAGAAUACAAUGUUUGGGGAAUGGCUAAACGAGUGGUGGAAGGGAGCUCCAACAUCAUCUGAUUCUUCAGCAGAGGCAUCCUCCGCUCCAGAUAGUCAUUUUCAAGAUAAGCUUGAACAAAAUGACCAGAUGUUCAAGCCUGGCUGGAAGGAUAUAUUUCGAAUGAACCAGAGUGAACUUGAGGCUGAGGUGCGAAAGGUUUCACGAGAUCCCACACUUGACCCAAGGCGGAAGGCGUAUCUAAUCCAAAAUCUCAUGACAAGCCGCUGGAUAGCUGCUCAGCAGAAGUUGCCGGAACCAAAUUCAGAAGAGUGUACUGAUGGUGCCAGUAUACCUGGAUGUGUUCCUUCAUAUCGAGACGAGGAGAAGCAAAUUUAUGGUUGUGAGCACUACAAACGGAACUGCAAACUUGUUGCUGCAUGCUGCAACAAGCUUUUCACAUGCCGAUUCUGCCAUGAUAAAGUUAGUGACCAUACAAUGGAAAGGAAAGCAACACAGGAGAUGAUGUGCAUGGUAUGCCUGAAGAUUCAACCUGUUGGUCCAACCUGCCAAACCCCAUCUUGCAACGGGCUAUCCAUGGCAAAGUAUUACUGUAACAUCUGUAAAUUUUUCGAUGAUGAAAGGACCGUUUACCACUGUCCGUUUUGUAACUUAUGUCGUCUUGGGAAAGGUCUUGGUGUUGAUUUCUUCCAUUGCAUGAAAUGCAAUUGCUGUCUUGGAAUGAAAUUAACUGAGCACAAAUGUCGGGAAAAGGGGCUAGAGACAAACUGUCCAAUCUGCUGUGACUUCCUGUUUACAUCAAGUGCGGCAGUCAGGGCCCUCCCUUGUGGCCACUUCAUGCAUUCAGCUUGCUUUCAGGCAUACACUUGUAGCCACUACACUUGUCCUAUCUGCUGCAAAUCCUUGGGAGAUAUGGCGGUGUACUUCGGCAUGCUUGAUGCUUUGUUGGCUGCUGAAGAGCUUCCUGAGGAAUACCAGGACCGGUGUCAGGACAUACUUUGUAACGACUGUGAGAAGAAAGGGAGAUGUCGAUUCCAUUGGCUAUACCACAAAUGCGGCUCCUGUGGUUCGUACAAUACCCGAGUUAUCAAGACUGACACAGCAGAUUGCUCGACAGCAAACUAGUGGGAGGGGAUAUUCGUUCGUAUUAGUAUUUGUUCUCUUUUCUCUUUUGUAAAUAUAUGGUCUAGCGAGAUGGAAAAAAGGAAAUCGUGUAGAAAGCUACCAUAUUUUCAUUCCGUAGUUAUUUCAGUUUUGUAAGUGUAGCUUGCAAUUCACUAGGUCUAGGGCGAUACAAAAAUGGACGGUUCUACAUGGGGGGAAUACAUAAUUGGAGAAGACUGACUCAUUGAAAAAAGGGGGAGAGAGAGAGAGAGAGAGAGAAAUCACCUGGAUAACAUGUGAUACAACUGUUACAGCCACUGGUGACCUUUCUAGAUAGGGAGGAUUGCUCUACUGAUUUCUGAAAUUUAGCUGAGAACAAAAAAGGUCCUGGAGACAAUUCUGGACAAACAGAAAAAAUCUGGUCCGUACUGUGAAAAGUCACUCCUGGAGGCUGGAGGCCAAUCUGCCGCCGGCAUCAGCGCUCCUCGCAUCAUGGGAUGCAUCUAUUUUCCUAUUGGCGAUGCCAACGAGGCUCAGGGUCACAUAUAACGAUCUCAGCAGGCAAUGCCUGAUCUGGAAUAUUCUGAUUAGCUGGAGCCUGGAGGAGACUUAUCAAAGGUUGCUACAGUUCUCUGGCGCCAAAAACUUACCCAACACUAUUUCCUUUCCGUAGAUCAACUUGACUGCACUGUACGCACAAAUGAACAUUACUUUGCCAUGUGCUUUGGCAACUGACUUUGGUCGUUAGAUAACUUCUAUUUGACAA